AUGUUCCUUUACUCGCUGACGAUUCAGCCGCCAACCAAUGUCGUCCAAGCAGUUCUGGGGCAGUUUGCUGGCACAAAAGAGCAGCUCAUCAUCACGGGCUCUGGCUCCCAGCUGACUCUUCUGCGUCCUGAUCCAGCGCAAGGCAAAGUUAUUCCCUUGUUGUCACAUGACAUCUUUGGAAUUCUACGCUCAAUUGCAGUUUUUCGGCUAGCUGGAGGCAGUAAAGAUUAUGUUAUUCUCGCCACAGACUCUGGCCGAAUCACAGUCCUGGAGUAUCUCCCCGCGCCGAACCGUUUCAACCGCGUGCAUAUGGAAACUUUUGGCAAAACGGGCAUUCGGAGAGUCGUGCCAGGCGAGUACCUUGCGUGUGAUCCCAAGGGAAGAGCUUGUCUGAUAUCGGCUGUCGAGAAGAAUAAGCUUGUGUAUGUUCUCAACCGCAAUUCGCAAGCAGAACUCACAAUUUCCUCUCCUCUUGAGGCGCACAAGCCUGGUGUGCUAGUCAUUGCCAUGACCGCCCUCGACGUCGGCUAUGCAAACCCUGUCUUUGCUGCCCUAGAGAUUGAGUACACCGAGGUAGACCAAGAUAGCACAGGAGAGGCUUUAUCCGAGGUUGAAACCCAGCUCGUAUACUACGAACUGGACCUUGGACUCAACCACGUUGUGCGGAAAUGGUCGGACCCUGUUGACCCCACCGCUUCUCUACUCUUUCAGGUACCCGGAGGCAACGAUGGCCCAAGUGGUGUUUUGGUUUGCGGUGAAGAAAAUAUCACAUACCGCCAUUCGAACCAAGACGCUUUACGUGUGCCGAUUCCUCGCCGGCGAGGCGCCACGGAAGACCCCUCCCGAAAACGCAAUAUUGUGGCUGGUGUUAUGCAUAAGCUCAAAGGAAGUGCCGGUGCUUUCUUUUUCCUAUUACAGACUGAUGAUGGUGACCUGUUCAAGGUCACAAUCGACAUGGUUGAAGACGAUGAGGGAGCUCCGACUGGCGAAGUGCAGCGAAUGAAAAUCAAGUACUUCGACACGGUGCCAGUGGCCACGAGUCUCUGCAUUUUGAAGAGCGGUUUCCUCUAUGUUGCAAGUCAAUUCGGCAACUACGCGUUCUACCAAUUCGAGAAGCUUGGUGACGACGACGAGGAGUUGGAGUUUUCGAGCGAAGAUUUCCCUGUUGACCCACUGGCUGCCUACGAACCUGUUUACUUCUAUCCCAGACCAGCAGAGAACUUGGCGCUUGUGGACAGCAUUCCUGCCAUGAAUCCUCUGCUAGAUUGCAAAGUCGCCAAUCUAACAGGCGAAGACGCUCCCCAAAUUUACACUAUUUGCGGCAACGGCGCAAGAAGCACAUUCCGGACUCUGAAGCAUGGCUUAGAGGUAAACGAGAUUGUUGCGUCUGACCUUCCUGGUGUACCCUCAGCAGUCUGGACGCUGAAGCUGAACAGUGACGAACAGUACGAUGCAUACAUCGUUCUGUCAUUUACCAACGGCACCCUAGUGCUCAGUAUCGGAGAAACUGUCGAAGAAGUCGGCGACUCAGGCUUCCUCACCAGCGUUCCUACCAUUGCCGCCCAGCUUCUUGGAACAGAUGGUCUCAUUCAGGUACACCCCAGGGGCAUUCGACAUAUUCGCAACGGCAACGUGAACGAGUGGUCGGCUCCUCAGCACAGAUCUAUUGUUGCAGCAUCAACCAACGCACACCAAGUAGCCAUUGCCCUUAGCUCUGGCGAAAUCGUUUACUUCGAAAUGGAUUCUGACGGAUCGCUCGCCGAAUACGACGAGAAGAAGGAAAUGUUUGGUACCGUUACUGCUCUCAGCCUUGGCGAGGUUCCUGAAGGUCGUGUUCGCAGCUCUUUCCUUGCAGUCGGCUGCGACGAUUCUACCGUCCGAAUUCUCAGUCUUGACCCCGAGUCGACACUUGAGAACAAAUCCGUACAGGCAUUGACUGCUGCACCAACAUCUUUGGCUAUCAUUCCUAUGGAUGACUCGUCAUCUGGCGGAUCCACCCUCUACCUCCAUAUCGGGCUUCAUUCCGGCGUCUACCUUCGCACCGUCCUGGACGAAAUCACUGGAGAACUUACCGAUACGCGACAAAAGUUCCUUGGCCCGAAGCCAGUCCGAUUAUUCCAGGUCACGGUCAGCGGACGCACCUGCGUCCUAGGACUAAGCUCCCGCCCUUGGCUUGGAUAUGCCGACCCUAUCACAAAUAGCUUCGAAAUCACUCCUUUGAGCUAUGUCGACCUGGAAUGGGGCUGGAAUUUUAGCAGUGAGCAGUGCGAGGACGGUGUGGUCGGCAUUCAAGGGCAGUCUUUGAGAAUCUUCUCGAUAGAUCGCCUGGGUGAGACUUUGAUUCAAAGUUCAAUCCCACUUACAUAUACACCGAAGAAGCUCGUCAAGCACCCAGACGAGCCGCUGUUUUACACAAUAGAAGCAGACAAUCACACGCUGCCCCCAGAUCUUCAGGCGAAGCUGCUCGCAGACCCUGCGGCCGUGAAUGGUGACGCCAAGGUGCUACCACCUGAAGACUUUGGUCACCCUAAAGGCAACCGUCGCUGGGCAUCUUGCAUUAGCGUGGUUGAUCCAGUAUCGGAAGAGCCGAGCGUGCUGCAGCGGGUUGAUUUUGAGAAUAAUGAGGCUGCAGUCAGUGCGGCUGUUGUGAGCUUUGCAAGCCAAGACGACGAGAGCUUUUUGGUAGUAGGCACUGGAAAGGACAUGGUUCUCAACCCACGAAGCUCUUCAGAGGCGUAUAUUUACAUUUAUCGGUUCCAAGCGGGCGGGCGCGAACUCGAAUUCAUUCACAAAACUAAGGUCGAGGAGCCAGCGACGGCUUUGUUGCCCUUCCAGGGCAAGCUGUUGGCGGGUAUCGGCAAGACGUUGCGCAUGUAUGACUUGGGUAUGCGUCAGCUGCUUCGCAAAGCUCAAGCUGAAGUUGUGCCUCAACAGAUUGUGUCGCUGAAUACACAAGGAAACCGCAUCGUCGUUGGUGAUGUUCAGCAGGGCGUGACACUUGUCGUCUACAAGCCCGCUUCGAACAAGCUUAUUCCGUUUGUCGAUGACAGUAUUGCUCGCUGGAGUACCUGCACGACCAUGGUGGACUACGAAUCAGUCGCAGGCGGCGACAAGUUUGGCAACAUGUUUAUUGUUCGCAGCCCUGCCAAGGCUAGCGAGGAGGCAGAUGAGGAUCAGGCUGGAUUGCAUUUAGUCAAUGCUCGCGACUACUUGCAUGGUACGCAGUAUCGACUGGAGCUGAUGUGUCAUUUCUUUACACAAGAUAUUUUGACGAGCAUUAGCAAAACCAGCCUGGUUGUUGGCGGGCAAGAUGUCCUGCUUUGGAGCGGUAUCAUGGGAACCAUUGGCGUCUUUAUCCCAUUUGUGAGCCGUGAAGACGCCGAGUUUUUCCAAAGCCUGGAGCAGCACCUCCGCACAGAGGACGCGCCUCUUGCUGGGCGAGAGCACCUCAUGUACCGCAGCUACUAUGCGCCGGUGAAGGGUGUGAUUGACGGAGACUUGUGCGAACGGUUCGCCAUUUUGCCAAAUGACAAGAAGCAAAUGAUUGCUGGAGAGUUGGAUCGAUCUGUGCGCGAGAUUGAGCGAAAGAUUUCCGAUAUCCGUGCGAGAUCGGCGUUUUGA